AUGAGCUUAACAAACAGUUCUUCUUUAAAAAAACCAUCAACAUCCGGAGCAACUGAUUCACCCUACCUUGGCUCAAAGAUUAGCCUUGUUUCGAAAGCUAAAAUUCGGUAUGAAGGUAUUCUAUAUACAAUCGAUGCUAAUGAAUCAACGGUAGCACUUUCUAAAGUGCGUUCUUUUGGUACGGAAGAUCGUCCAACGGAUCGACCUGUGCCUGCACGUGAUGAGAUCUUUGAAUAUAUUAUUUUCCGCGGCGCCGAUAUUGAAGAUUUACAAGUUCGCGAACCUCCGCAAACUGCGCUCACUCAAGAUCCAGCUAUUGUCGAAUCAUCUAUGUAUCCUUCGAAUGCUCGUUCUUCAACAGUGGCAACAAAUAAUGCAAGUGGAGGUAGUCAAGCACGUGUAUCAUCGACUCAAGGCCCGACAUCAUCAUCAUCACCAACUGUUCAACAAGGUUUCAAUAAAGGAUUAAAAUCCUCUUCAAACACAGAUCCAUUACGUCAGUUAAAUUUCAAUCAACAGCAAUCAACAAGACCAUUCAGUCAACAAUCAACAUCAGCACAGCUCGAUGGACAAGAUUAUUCCUAUGGAAACAAUCAACGACGUGGUCGUCAACAACAAGAUUAUUAUAAUGAUUUCAGUAACAAUAAUACAAAUAAUAAUCGUCGAGGAAAUCAAAGACAUGACUAUGCUGAAUGGCCCCGUACAAAUAACUCUGGUUGGGAAAAUAGCAACUAUCGUCAGCAACAGAACCAACGAUAUCCUCGACAACAGCAAAACUAUGAGGGCAAUCGUUUCUACCCCUCAAAACGCACGAAUAACAACCAACAAGGCUAUAAUAAUUACUACGGAUAUCGUGAACGACGCAAUUCGACAGGUGGUAUAACAGGUAACCAACAAAACCAACAACGAAAUAGCCGUCAACACACAGAUUCUACACAUGGUAAUAGUAACAAUCGUUCAACUUUGAAAUUUAUCGGUGACUUUGAUUUCGAAAAAUCCAAUGCGGAAUUUGAUAAGAAUGCUAUUGAAGAUGAACUUAAAAAGAGUUUAUCCAUUAAGACCAACAAAGAUAAAACUAACGAAACAUCGACAACGGACAAGGAAAAAGACAAAGAAGAAGAACACGAUCAAGAACAGCAGCAACAACAACAACAACAACAACAACAACAACUACCGGAUCAACCAGCAGAUUCUUCAAAAACUCAACUAGAUGAACAACAGGAGCCAAAUCCGGAUGGUUUCUAUGAUAAACAAAAAAGCUUCUUUGACCGAAUCUCAUGUGAAACAACCGAAAAGGAAAAAACAAACUCACGUCGUAAUUGGAAUGAAGAACGUCGAAUCAAUGCCGAAACAUUCGGCCUAAAAUAUCGUCCUGUCCAGCAAUCCAAUCAACGCAAUGGUUACGCUGGUUAUUACAACAACAGCAACAACAACAACCGGCGAAACAACAACGGUCAACAAUCCUAUUAUGGUAAUGGUGCACGUUAUCAACGUGGCGGUGGUGGAGGAAACUAUGGCGAUGGCCAACAACGUCCACGAAACACGACAUAUUAUAAUAACACAAACAAACGCAUGCAAGCCUAUUAG